CCGACACGGAAGGAUACACUUGAACACCGCUCGUCAAGAACUGCCGACGGGAUGCAAGUGCCAUGGCUACGAACGCUGUGGUUCGUUUGUAUGGUUUGUUUGAGCUCGGUGGCCGCGUCGACUGCUACUGUGACGCUUCAAAGCUCGGUGGCAGGAGCACAGACAUCCGUGGAUGUGUCGUUGACGACAACCAUCGUAGUUCCCGUCGGGGGCUCGAUUCGCAUGACAUUUCCUUCGGGGUUUACCGUCAAACCAACAGCGUUCAUGUCUCCAGUGGGCAUUGAUGCGUCGUCUGCGCUCUCGAUAGUUGGAGUCGUGCCUCGCAUUACCAUAGCUACGGCUGCCGUCGCAGUCGGUGUUGUGUCGUUCACACUCGACGGAGUCUUUAACCCAGGAGUUGGCACCACCUUAAUGUUUAAUGUGUCGACGUAUGAUGCUGCCGGAGUUUUGCUCGAAGCUGCCUCAGUCGCUGGCACGGCAAUCUCGUCCAACCCGGCCCUUCUCGCUGCGUUGUCAAGCAAUUCAACGGCAGGCUCCAACGAACCGUGGAAGUUUAUGUUCACAACAUUGGUGACGUUGCCCGUGGGGUCGAUCCUUCGGGCGACGUUUCCAGCGCGGUAUGCUGUGUUGUCACCGAUCGUGCUGGAUACCACCGGGUUUGGCGCAACCACAUACACCGUCUCAGCCGUGGGCAAUAACGUCUCGAUCUACAUCAACACGUUUGCUCUGGUUCCUGGGACGUACAACUACACUCUUCAGGGCAUCACGAACCCCGGGACAUCAUGCAAUGAGUUCUAUGACGAGGCGUGUCUGACAGCUUGGGAAGAUAUCAUCGUGUCGACGCUGGACAUGGACGCCAAAGUAUAUCAGAGAGUUUCGUUGCCCGGUGUGCCUAUCAUCAAAUCGCAUCUUCGGUUUGCCCGUGUUCGGACGACUGCGACGACGCCAAACACAAUCACGUCUGCUUACGUCCUGCUCAACUUGAUGACGCCAAUUCCUGUCGGGGGAAGCAUCACGGCCACGUUUCCGUCAGGCUACGACCUCAACCCUUCCGGGUCCACGAUUGUUGCCUACAACAGCGGAAUUAACGGCAUGAGUACGGCGGUAAUCAGCGGGCAGACGUUGACUAUCACGAUUGCGGGAACCCCCGUGGCUUCGCAAAACGGCGUUCGAUUCACGCUGAACGGGGUUCGAACGCCACCUCUGCACGCAACAGGAUCGUACAUCGUGCGAACGUUCGAUAGCUACAACAAUAUCCUGGAAGAAAGCGCCAACAUCGGGGGCGUUGGGUGCAGAUUCUUGAAUGACUGCAGCGGCCACGGCGACUGUACCCUCAUGAGCAGCACGUGCGUUUGCCAUCCUGGCUUUGGUGCAUCGACUGAUGUGACCGACUAUAAAGCCCCCGAUUGCUCCCUUCGAACGUGUCCGUCGGAUUUAGCAUGGUCAGAUGUCCCAACGUCAAAAUCUCUCGCCCACCAAACUGUGCUCGAAUGCUCGGGGCGUGGGCUUUGCAAUCGCACGAGUGGUUUGUGUCAAUGCGUCCCGGGAUACGAAGGUAGUGCGUGCCAGCGAACGUCCUGCCCCAAAAACUGUUCGGGACAUGGCCGAUGUAUGAGUAUCAGCGAAUGGUCCAGGAGUACGUCGGCGCUGCCGCUGUCCACUCCAACAACACACACGGCGUGGGAUGCCAACAGAAUAUUCGGCUGCGUCUGUGACUCGUCAUGGCCCGUGGGCCUGGGCGCAGGCGAGACACGAGUGGCCGAGUGGUUUGGAGCAGAUUGCUCUUUGCGCCACUGCCCGAGCGGAAAUGACCCACUCACUCCCCAGGACGAAACAGAUUGCUCUGGAGUGCCAGCACCGGGGGGUGUCGGCGUCGGGGUCGCGGGCAACAAGUGCUUUGUCGAGUGUUCGAACCGUGGCGUGUGCUAUUUUCAAACAGGAAAGUGUCGUUGCGCGACUGGAUUCUCUGGCUCGGCCUGCCAUCGGCAAGAUGUGCUGUCGGACAACACUCCACUGUCAGUGGUCGAGGUCUUCAUGGGCGGGUGGUAGCACGUCCACGUUAAUAAUAUGUGUCCUAGCACGUUCGUCGAAUCAGCGUAAUCAACGCUGCUGCGAUUUGUCACGUCAGGACAGC